CCUUCCUUCAGACCUGUUCAGCUCUUUACAUCAACUUCAGUAUCUAUAUAUACACCACAAUGAUUUAACCCACCUCCCAGCAGACAUAUUUGAAGGACUUGCGAAGCUACGAUUCUUGAGGCUGAUGUCUAACAGACUUAGUCGAUUCCCGCCCGGCCUCUUUCAAGAACUCAUGGCCCUGGAGGAAAUAGAUAUUUCGACCAAUGGCAUUGCAGAGCUGGCGGGUGGAACGCUCCACGGACUUGUAAAGCUCAAAAAAAUGUCAGUUGAAGGAAAUGCCCUCGCUCAGUUUGAAGACAAUUUUUUCAGUAAUUUUACACACCUGGAAGGAAUAUAUGCCCGGAACAACAGCAUCCGUUUCAUCCAACCAACUUUGUUUCAAGACCUUGUCAAUCUGACUUGCAUUGAUCUGAAGAACAACCAGCUGUCAGAGUUCCCCCAUGAUGCAUUGCAAGGGCUGACCAGACUCGGCCAGUUAUACCUGUCGGGAAACCAACUUUCCAGUCUGGACCCCCGUCUCCUCAAGGGACACUUCCAGCUUGAUAAAUUGGAACUUCAGGGGAAUUCCUUGACAUCUUUGCAGCCUGGCCAUUUUAGAGAUCUCGGCCAACUGACAAGUCUAUACCUAUCAAGUAACAACCUAAUGGAGCUGAAGAAGGGAACCUUUGAGGGGUUGGUGUCAGUCUAUGAUUUACUCCUGGAUUCCAAUGACAUUGCAAAGGUGGAACUCGGUACCUUUGUGGGGCUGGACACACUUGGCACUCUGGACCUGAGGAAUAAUCGGAUCACUGAGUUGAAGGAAGGAAUCUUUGAUGGCCUGACCAACCUACGUCAUCUCUACCUUUCUGGUAAUCCUUUGCAGAGAAUUGAUGUAACGGUGUUUGAUGUCCUUCCCCACCUCAGAACUGUCAAGACGGGUAACCAUGCCUUGUGCUGCCUUCUCAACUCGGCUGUUUUCUGUGAUGUGAAUGCUAAACCACGCCCCCCAUACUUUACCUGCAGCCGUCGCCUGUUGACACAGGAUGUCAUGAAAACAUUCAUUUGGAUACAGGUGGUUUUUGCAAUGACUGGAAACCUUGUGGUGUUGCUGUGGCGAGGGCAUGAACUCCGUGGCCACAAAAAGAAAUCUCAGACUCUCUUGAUCCUCAACCUGGCAGCCUCGGACCUCCUCAUGGGCCUGUACCUGUUGAUCAUUGCGUCGGCAGAUCUGCACUUUGGGGAGGAUUUCUACAUGCAGAUGGCUUCAUGGCGGUCGAGCCUGACCUGCAAGUUUGCUGGGGUCAUAGGGCUGGUGUCCAGUGAAGCUUCGGUAUUCCUGGUCACCUUGAUCAGCAUUGACCGUUUCCUUGGAGUUGUCUUUCCCUUCAGCCACUUCCGGAUGUCCAGUCGCUCUAUGGCCAAGGUACUGCUGGGGUUGUGGCUCUUAGCUCUGGCCCUGAGCGUGACGGCCAGUGCCCUGUCUGCCACCAAUGACGAUUUUUAUGAGCUGUCCAAUGUCUGCUUGGGGCUGCCACUGUCCACAAAGCCCACGAACAUCACAACCAAAAGCCAGAUGUCCAAUUCCAUCAUGGGUAAUGUGAGGGUUGAAGAGGUAGAUGCCUCUGGCAAUAAGCCUGCCUAUCUCUUCCCCAUCGUCCUCUUCCUGGGCAUCAACCUCGUGAGUUUCCUCAUUGUCUUUCUCUGCUAUCUCGGCAUCUUUGUUUCAGCCAGGGCCUCCUCAAAGCAGUCCGCCCGGCUAGCUGACAAGAGCGAAGAGAUCCGACUGGCCAUCAAGAUGGGGUUGAUUGUGGGUACCGAUUUCUGCUGCUGGGUACCAGUGAUUAUCAUGGGGAUCCUGUCCCAGUCUGGUGUUGUAGAAAUUGAGCAGACAAUGUACGCCUGGGCUGUCAUCUUUAUCCUCCCCAUCAACUCCUCCCUCAAUCCUUGGCUGUACACACUCUCCACCAUUCUGCCCACCUUCUGGACAAGCUGCCAGCGCACCAGCUCUACCGACACAGGCUCCAGCUCAUUGUCGGCCACCCCCAAGGCCCAGCUAUCCAGGUACAGCCGAGGGAAGGAGCAGCGAUCCUCCUCCACCCCGUCCAACCCUGGACCUGAAACGGGAUAGAAGCUGUCUCUGAAACAGCAGAAGUUACCACAAGGGGAUGUCUUGCCCCGUCUACACUUCUUCACCCUUCAAUAAGCCAGGGCUGCAUUAACCUGCUUGGCAGAGCCCUGGUGUUGGUUAGACCUGGUCUGACGAUCACACGGGUACGAGAAGAUUGGAUAACUUCAGUAUCAGGAUGUAAAAAAUAUGCUGUGGGUGUAAGAGUGCACCCGUCAUGGUGAUGCUGAUGGAACAUGCCAAGUUCUGCAUGGAGUGCAAAAUUUCAGAAGAUGAAAUAGUGGUUAUUUCCUAACUUUCAUGUGAAUGGCAUUUCUAUUUCCAUAUUGGUUACUGGACAAUUAAUUUUGCAGUUUGUUCAUUCCCAGAGGCAAAAUUGGCAAAUCUAGAUAUAUGCAUGUGCAGUCGGAACAUCAUACUAACUUGAUACCUCAUUUUGAGAGGUACUUUCCUCCAAAUGUGCAAUAUUCUUAGUGAAUGAGAGUUGUCUACUAUUUUUUUCUCAAGAAUGUAAAUGACAAAUGGAGUAUACCCUAAUUAACAGUUUUUCUCAGUGUUUAGCAAUUUUACACAUUAUUCAGUUAUUGCAUGAAUUUUUUCUCUCUGAAAGAUAAAAAUUCCCCUUCAAAACCUUGAUGCUAGAGUUCUUUAAAUAUACUUCGAUUAAUGAAUAAAUAUUGAGCGUUAUAUCCUCAGUUAUUAAAAUAUCAACACAAAAACUGGUUUCAGUGGGGUUUCAACCUGUGGCGUGUAGAUGGAUGUGCCGUGUCCUUCGACAUCGGACAUCUGAAUACAUGGGAUUCCAGCCUGUGCUGUCAUUGUAAGGUCACGUAUGCAUCACUUGGCUGUAGCUUGAAAUUACACAAGACUCUGUGGGACCGUCUAUUAUAGGCGGCCAAAUGGCCCAAAAUUAAUUUUACAAAAAAUAAAUCAAAUUUGUUUAAGAAUUUUUCUAAUGAUUUGCGUUUAGCUUCGUUAUUAUCAAUUGCAGUGAACUGUUGGUGACCUUUGGUUUCGACAGUUCGUUUUCUUUUUUUCUUUAUCAAUUAUUUCGUAUUUUGAUUUACUGUUGUCAUGUUAGGAACUUUUGGAGGCAUAUUGUUUUCACAUGUUGAUUAUUUAUUUUCAAUAAUUGCUUUUAUGAAUGUUUGUGUGUGUUUGCGUUGUGUUUUACUAUUUACAUUUUGAUAAGAAAAUGUUCGCCCGUAAUCGUUUAUUUUUGGUGAAAUCAAUUUUGGGUUCUUUUGGCCGCCCAUUGUCUGUGGCAACUACCCUAGACUCGUUCAUAAUUUCUAGUCGAAGUCAAGUCAUAAAAAGAGUCCAGUGAGUCUCUCUAUAGAUGUAUUUCAUUGAAAUAAGCAUUUCAUAAUUCAUAUGCUACUCUGGCACCCUUCCACCUACAUUAACCUAAGGGUAGCAAGUUCAAAUCCUGCUUCAGUCAAUAUUUUUGGCUGAGUAAAAAUAUUGACAACAAGCGUAUUUAGUCAUGUUCCGUCGUGGUUCAUUCGAUUAUAAAUACAUCUGGUGUGUCAAACACUGGUGGAUAGGGGUAAAAUGUUAUUGAUUAAUGGGCAGUUUAAGGGGAUGUCUAACGCGGUAAUGCAUUGCAAUCGGGAAUCUGUUUCCUGGUUAUUAUCUAAUUCAUUUAAGGUUCCAACUUUUGUAACUAUGUAGGGCCUACAUGUACUUGCAUUCUGUGUUUCCUUGCUCUAUGCUUGCACUUUUUGCGAGUGGCGUUGCGCGCGGUUUAUUGAUUGCUACAUCUGGUUGUCUAUGAAGUGAACAGAAAAAAAACCUGAACAAAUCGCUGACAACGUUUGACCCAUCAAGAGCAAAUUUGCAAAACACUCAGGAAAUUGUGAUUUACGGAGCUGGCAUGCGAGCUGCGCUGUGCCAUUCCCCCGGGUUCCGUGGGGAAACUUUUAGCGCGUAACACCGACACCUGUCGGCCGUUAAACGUUCAAAGGGGACGGCGGGCAGCCCGGGUCAAGGGCGGCGAAGUUCUCCCGGCAAUAAAUUUCGGGAAGCGUUUCAUGUCUGCCGCCGUUGGAACAUUGGGAGAGAAUUCCCGCGAGGUGACUUGUAUGACUCCUCGCCCUUUCACUGUGUGUUUUUGUGGUUGAGAUUGAAUGAUUUGAUGAUGAAAGCUGCUAGGCUGUGAAAGUUGAGUCAAUUCCAAGUUGGAAGUAACGAAACAUUUUCUCGUGCAAAACUGCUUUGGUGACAUGUUUUUAGCUGGGAAACUACCGUGCACUCUUUACCACGAAACUGAAAGAAAAUGCCUGAGGUAAUGGCACGAUGUAGGCUGAUACAGAUACUGGCCAAGAUUGUGAUGGAAUAGGCUAAGCCCAGGCUGAACAAUCUAAAUGCACAAGCACAAAUUUUUAGUCUCAUUUACGUUUUGAAGAAUUGUAAGUGCUUCUCACAUAAUUCGUAUUAUAUAAACGUUAGACCAUAGAUCAUGUUCUUGAAAAUUACUCGGGAAAACGUUCUACCUCCCCAUAGGCUGUUGUUAAACUAGGGCUAUGGAUAUUUCAUGUUCCUAUGUACUCCGUCCUGCUUUCAGUUCAGUUAAGCAUUCUCACUAAAUAAGACACAACUUCCACCAGUUCUAAUCGAAACAAAAGUAGUAAAAAAAGCAGGAAAAAAAAAGCAGGAUCCCUUAUUAGAGAAUUGGAGAUAAGAAACAGUCAUAGUUGGAAUGACAUUUACGUUUGGUGGACGCACGUAAAUUCUUCACUCAAAGCGUUAGAAAACGACGCUGCACGAACAGUGCAGGGAACCAUUUUUUCCCGCAAGAAAAAAACAAACACCACCCUGCUCGUUACAAAAUAUCAUUCCACCUGUCUAUCAUCGCCCUCCUAAAUAAGCUACAAGGGUAAACAAUUUGCGUUUUUGCACCCCAGCACGGGCCGCUUAAGCUGGCGGCACCCUCAUAGAGGUUGCCGACGCCAAGGCCGAGAGAUCUCCGCACUGGCGCCUGAGUUUGGGUCCACAGGGGUUGAGGCAACGAAAACACCGACUCCUUGUCGCAGUCUGGCCCGUCACAUGCGCAUUCCGCCUGUGGUAAUUUCGUGGGGUGUAUGUCUGGUAACUGCUCAUUGUCUUGUACAUGCAGUUCGAUUUCCAUUUUAUUGAUUAAAAUCUGUUAUGAAAUUUUCGCGAGUGACGUUUACCACCUGUCUCAAACACAAACGACCUGGCAGCUUUUCUCCAAUAUGACAUAUUUUGUACUGUUCAUAUUUCUCAUUUCUCCCGAUUAUUUCCUGGCAAAACAAAGUCGAUUGUCUUUUACUGUUUAGUAAGAAUUCAUGUUUUUCACGACAGACGCUGCAUUAUAUAAAAUCUGCAUAUUUUAUCUAACUCAAUUCAAUAUUGGCCUACUUAAAUGUUACUCUUAAUAUACAUUACUUUGAAGAUUAAAAACGAAAGUUUUGGCAGAUAAUGAU